AGUCGGGACUCGGUGUGGUACGCGAACGUGCCGCACAAGGAGUUAACGGUGGAGAAGAAGAUGCAGAAUUGGGUCCAUUUCAAUGGAGACAGAUUCCGAUUCCCCGGUGGAGGAACGAUGUUUCCGCGUGGAGCUAACGCUUACAUUGAUGAGAUUGCGAAGCUGAUUAAGCUUCGAGAUGGGUCCAUCAGAACCGCCAUUGAUACGGGUUGUGGGGUUGCAAGUUUUGGAGCAUAUCUUUUGUCCCGUGACAUAUUAACAGUGUCAUUUGCACCAAGAGACACACAUGAGGCACAGGUUCAAUUUGCAUUGGAACGAGGUGUCCCUGCUUUGAUUGGAGUCAUUGCCUCAAAAAGACUUCCAUACCCUUCAAGAGCCUUUGACAUUGCUCAUUGCUCACGUUGCCUUAUUCCUUGGGGCCAGUUUGAUGGAAUAUACUUAACUGAAGUGGAUAGAGUGUUGCGUCCUGGUGGGUAUUGGAUCCUAUCAGGACCACCAAUAAACUAUGCUAAACACUGGAGAGGGUGGGAGAGGACACGUCAGAGCCUCAAAGAUGAACAAGAUUCCAUUGAAGAAGUUGCUAAGAGUCUUUGUUGGAAGAAACUUGUUGAGAGAGGUGAUCUUGCUAUUUGGCAGAAACCCACCAAUCAUGUUCAUUGCAAGAUGCAGAGAAAAAUCUUCAAGAAUGGUAAACCCUUCUGCCAGGCACAGGAUCCAGAUGCAGCAUGGUACACAAAAUUGGACACCUGCUUAACCCCACUACCUGAUGUAAACGACAUAAAAGAAGUUGCUGGUGGAAAAUUACCAAAAUGGCCCCAGAGGCUAACCUCAAUUCCACCAAGGAUAAGCAGUGGAAGUUUGGAAGGAAUAAGUGGUGAGAUGUUCAAAGAGGACACUGAAUUAUGGAAAAGGAGAGUUGCAUAUUACAAGAAACUUGAUCACCAGCUAGCAGAGAAAGGGAGGUACAGAAAUGUGCUUGAUAUGAACUCUUACUUGGGUGGAUUUGCAGCUGCACUUGUUGAUGAUCCUGUUUGGGUCAUGAAUGUUGUUCCUGUUGAGGCUGAAAUUAACACUCUUGGUGCCAUUUAUGAACGUGGAUUGAUUGGAACCUAUCAAAACUGGUGUGAAGCCAUGUCUACCUACCCAAGAACUUAUGACUUCAUUCAUGGUGAUUCAGUGUUUAGCCUCUAUCAAAACAGAUGCAACAUGGAGCAGAUUCUGUUAGAGAUGGAUAGGAUUUUGAGGCCACAAGGUGGUGUCGUAUUGCGUGAUGAUGUUGAUGUGUUGACCAAGGUGAAGAGCUUUGCAGAUGCAAUCCAAUGGGAAAGUAGAAUCACUGACCAUGAAGAUGGACCUUACAACAGACAAAAGAUUUUUGUAGCAAUUAAAGAAUAUUGGACUGCACCACCACCACAAAACCAAGAUCAAGACAUAAAAUAGUUUUAAUAUCAUAUCUGGAUUAUUCAAGAUUAGUCUCUUUCUUUUUUUGUGGCAAAAUUUUUCUCAAGAAUUCAAUUCUUCCUAACACCAAUUUGUAAUUUGUGGCAGUAGCGGAAAAUGUUAGUGAUGUUAUGUUGUAACUUGUAACUAAAAGAGGUCAUUAACAAUUGGCAUUCUAGUGGAAUUAAAGAAAUAAAUAUUCAAUAGAAAAUAAGAAAAAUGUUUUAUAUUACUUAUUUUAG